CUUGGUGUCGGGAACAACGGCAAAUGCCUUUUCACGUAAACAAACUCAUUUUAAACAUUUUUCAUUAGUGGAAUUUUAAUGAUAAAAUUUACGAAAUAAUCGACAAAACAAUGACUUCUUUAGAUUUAAGACAACAAAAAUUGGAGCAACAGAGGCAAUUGAUAGCGCAGAAAAUGAAGCAAAAAAGACAAACAGGUGCCAGUGGAAUGGUUCAAGCUUCUAAUUUAUCUGCUGCACAACUCACAAGUCACUCGACAAAGUGGCUGAAUCCAAAUAAGGAACUUCAUGGAUACGAUGGACCCUUACAAUUUACAAUGUCACCGGGAAAUCCAGACAUUGGUCUAUUGCCUGAAAAUAAAACUAUGGAGACUGAUUUAACUGAUAUAACCACAGAUGGUACAUUUUACGAUGGAGCUGACGAAGAAUCGUCACCUGUUGAUUUACAGCCUCAUCCGGAAUCAUUUCCAUCACAAUCGCCCUUAAGAGUGGCGCCUUCUGAUGCGCCAACUGUCGUUAUUAACAGAGAUAAUCUCACUUCGAGUCCAGAAGCUGAAGGAAAUGUCGAAGGAAAUAUUGAGCAAUUUGUACUUCAACCGGCAAAUAAAAAAAUGCAUUACAAGUGUCGAAUUACUCGCGAUCGCAAAGGAAUGGAUCGUGGAUUUUAUCCAACAUACUUUUUACACCUGGAGCGCGAUUAUGGAAAAAAGGUAUUUUUACUAGCCGGACGUAAGCGAAAGAGAAGUAAGACGAGUAAUUAUUUAAUAUCAACCGAUCCAACGGAUCUUUCGCGUGGUGGCGAGGCGUACAUUGGAAAAUUACGCUCGAAUCUUUUGGGAACACAAUUUACGGUUUACGAUAAUGGUUAUUCAUUGAUGAAGGACGAUAAACACGAGGGCUGCUCGAAUCCACGACAAGAAUUGGCGGCCGUUGUUUAUGACACCAAUGUUCUUGGCUUCAAAGGUCCAAGAAAAAUGACUGUCAUCAUUCCCGGAAUGACUCCUGAUCAAAGGAGAAUUCAAAUUUGUCCCCAGGAGGACUCGGAAACUUUACUUGAGUGCUAUAAAAUGAAGAAUAUGGACAAUUUAAUUGAACUUCACAAUAAAACUCCAGUUUGGAAUGACGACACACAAUCGUAUGUUCUCAAUUUUCAUGGAAGAGUCACGCAAGCUUCGGUGAAGAAUUUUCAAGUUGUUCACGACACAGACGUUGACUAUGUAGUGAUGCAAUUUGGUCGAGUGGCCGAGGACGUUUUCACAAUGGACUAUAGAUUUCCCCUGUGCGCUCUUCAGGCAUUCGCCAUUGCGCUCAGUAGUUUCGACAGUAAAUUAGCCUGUGAAUAGAAAUUCAAUCGAAGGUGGUGCUUGUCUCGAGGAAUUAUUUUUCGUUUCACAAUUUUAUCCCCAAUGAAAACAAGACAAUCAAUUUUUUUCAUUGCCGAUUUGAAAAAUCGGAAAACACAUCGAACAAACAUUGAAGGAAAGAGAAGAGAAAAAUCUGCCUUAACAUUUUUUUUUUCUUUACAAAAGAAUCUCGAAUUACAUAAAUAUUCGUAUAAUUAAUUAAUUAUACGAUUGAAAAGGAAUUUCUUAAUUCUAAAUAAUAGAAUUAAUAGAAUUAAUCUAUUAAAUAACGAAAUAAUAAUAAUUAUUAUAUUAAAAUAAUAAUUUAUAAUUAUUAUUAUUAUAAUAAUUAUUAUUAUAAUGUAAAGAAGAAGAAAUGAAAUGUAAUCGAGAUAAAGAAGAAGUCGAUCAAAUAUUUAACGACCCAAGAGCGAUAUUUUCGUUGCUUGAGAAAAGGAGUCGUGCAAUCUCUUUUUUUUUGCAAAGUUGGAAAGCGUAACACCAACAACAAAAAGACUUUCGUUUAGAUUCUCUAGAUUUCUAUAUUUAAAAAAUAUACUAAAGAGAUAAUUUGUGUUCAGAGUCAGUUUUUUAAGCGCGAAAACCAAAUAAAUGAACAAUUUGUCGUGAA